UUUAGUUUAAAAAGAAAAAAAAAAUGAAACACGGCCAGACCAAAGCACCUUUUAUUUAUUUAUCAUGUUCAAAUGAAAGACUAGAAAAAUAGCCACACCCCACCUAUUCAAAGUAAAUAGUAGUAUCCUUUCCAAGUCAAAAAUCGAUCGAUCGACUUUGUUGAAUCCCAUUUGCAUCUUCUCCUAUAAAUACCCAUCUCAUAUUGUACUACCAAAUUACUUCAUUAUUCAUUCGAAACCAACAUAACUACUCCUACGUACUCAUCAUCUUCUACGUCGUGCGUAUUAAUUUCAUAUCCUAUAUACGUACAUACAUAUUAUAAACAAGAAUCCUAGCUUUCGUUUUUUACGUACGUACGUAGAAGUUAGAUUAGAACAUAUAUAUAUACAUAUAUAUUUGAUGGAGUUUGUUGGUGUAAUAAUAAGUAGUUUUCAACCUCUAAUUAACUGGGUGAUCAUGAUGAUGAUCAUACUGGUUUCAUUUGUUGUACUGUGGAGACUCUUUAUUUCACCUUCUCUAGCACACAUGAAACUUAGGAGAAAUGGUUUCAAUGGCCCAUCUCCUUGUUUCCCUCUCGGUAAUACAACUGAUAUUAUGGCAAGUAUGACCAAAACCAAUGCCUCUAAAGAUGGUAUAAACCAUGAUAUUCAUUCAAGGGUGUUUCCUUACUUUGCUAGUUGGCAAAAAUCCUUUGGGAAAGUUUUCAUCUACUGGCUGGGCACAGAGCCAUUUUUAUAUGUGGCAGACCCAGAAUUUCUUAAAAAUGUGUCUGGACAAGUCAUGGCAAAGGGUUGGGGAAAACCUUCUGUUUUCAAAAACGAUAGGAAACCCAUGUUUGGAAUUAACGGUCUCGUCAUGGUCGAAGGUGAAGAUUGGGUCCGUCACCGCCAUGUUAUCACUCCUGCUUUCAACAAGGCCAACUUAAAGGAAAUGGCAUGUUUAAUAGUGGAGUCAGCCACAAAAAUGCUGGAUGGCUGGGCCACACAGAUAAGUUCAGGCAACCCAGAAAUCGAUGUAGAGAGAGAGGUUAUAACGACAGCAGGGGAAGUCAUAGCAAAGACAAGUUUUGGCAUAAGUUACGAAAGUGGUAGGCUAGUGUUAGAGAAGUUAAGAGCUUUACAAACCACUCUUUUCAAAACAAACCGUUUUGUUGGGGUCCCUUUCGCAAAAUUCUUAUGCCCAAACAAAUCCCUUGAAGCAAAUAAACUGGGCAAAGAGAUCGACGGUCUUUUGUACUCUAUAGUGGAAGCUCGAAAGGUAGAGUCUCAAAAUAUUACAAAAAAUAAUAAUAAGAAUAAUGACACUCAUCAUCGUCAAGUACACAAUGACUUGCUUGGCUUGUUGCUUAAAGAAAGUAGUAGUAAUGGAGUAGGAGCUGUUAAGGGGGGGAGGAGCUUGAGCACAAGGGAACUUGUCGACGAGUGUAAGACGUUCUUCUUCGGCGGACACGAAACGACGGCGUUGGCUAUCAGUUGGACAAUGCUACUUCUUGCUAUGUAUCCUCAAUGGCAAGUUGAGUUAAGGGAGGAGAUUAAACAAGUCAUUGGUGAUAAAGAAGUGGAUGCCACUUUGCUUGGUGGCUUAAAGAAGAUGGGAUGGGUAAUGAAUGAAGUAUUUCGACUAUACCCUUCAGCACCAAAUGUGCAAAGGCAAGCAAGAGGAGACAUUAAAGUGGGGGACCGUACGAUCCCUAAUGGCACCAACAUGUGGAUCGACGUGGUGGCCAUGCACCAUGACCCAGCCCUAUGGGGUGAGGACGUGAACCAGUUCAAGCCACAGAGAUUUAAAGAUGACAUAUUAUUUGGAGGAUGUAAUCAUAAGAUGGGAUUUUUGCCUUUUGGAUUUGGAGGAAGAAUGUGUGUUGGUAGGAACUUGAGCAUGAUGGAAUACAAGAUUUUCUUAACCCUUAUUUUGUCUAGGUUUUCUUUUAAGCUCUCUCCCACUUAUAAUCACUCUCCAGCUAUUAUGCUCUCCCUAAGGCCUACCCAAGGCUUGCCUGUCCUAUUCCAGCCCCUUUAAGUUAACCCUAAUAUAUACAAUUAAACUAGCUGGCUAGCACUAAUUAUUACUAUAUAUUGUUUAUGUCUAAGUAUACUGGGUGGUUAUAUAUCUAGCCCCUCAGUUCAUUUUGAGGGAUGUAGUCCCUCAUCAAUUUGUUAUAUAAAAUCCAACAGUAGUUAGUGAAGGAUAGUAAUGAGCGGUAAUAAUGAGGGGUAUAUUUUGUAAAACUUGUAACCGGUUGUUCCGAAGUGCAUUAAUAUAAUAAAUAUAAAAAUGCAUUAUUGUACUGUAUCCAAUUCCAUUUGGC